AUGACAUUUGAUUUAUUGGUUCAUGUUUAUUGCACGCAAUUCAAAAAUCCUCGAUUUUGUAUUGCAUUGGAUGUUUUCCGGUUGUUGGCGAGUAAGGGUCUGUUUCCCUCAUUGAAGACAUGUAAUGUGUUGUUGAGUUCUCUUGUGAAGGCAAAUGAGCUUGAUAAAAGCUAUGAAGUGUUUGACCUCACGUGUCAAGGUAGUGUACCCGAUGUUUAUGUAUUUAGUACUGCCAUAAACGCAUUUUGUAAAGGAGGGAGGGUUGAAGAUGCAAUAGGGUUAUUUUUUAAAAUGGAGGAGAUGGGUAUUGAUCCGAGUGUUGUCACUUAUAAUAACCUUCUUCAUGGACUUUGCAAUAAUGGGAAUCUGGAAGAAGCUUUCCGGUUCAAAGAGAAAAUGAUAAAAAAUGGCAUAAAGCCAAGUCUUAUAACUUACAGUGUACUUAUUAAUGGUUUGAUGAAGCUGGAGAAGUAUGAUGAGGCCAGUUGCAUUUUGAAAGAAAUGUCGGGUGAGGGGCUUGCCCCGAAUGAAGUUGUUUAUAACAUGUUGAUUGAUGUGUAUUGUAAAAAGGGAAAUGUUAGUAACGCGCUGAAUAUAAGGGAUGAAAUGAUAUCCCGGGGAAUUGAUACCAAUUCUAUUACACUCAAUUCUCUUAUCCGUGGACUCUACAAGAUUGAUCAGAUGGAUGAAGUGCAAAAGCUUUUGGAGGAGAUGCUAUCAAGGGGGCUAUCCAUAAAUCCUGGUUCUUUUACUUCAGUUAUUCACCUGCUAUGUGUAAAUUCAAAAUUCGAUGCGGCUCUACGGUUUAUGUGGGAGAUGAUUUUGAAAGAUUUAAGGCCAAAUAAUGGGUUGCUGACCACAUUAGUUGGUGGCCUUUGCAAGGAAGGUAAGCAUUCAGCGGCGGUUGAACUAUGGUUUAGACUACUGGAGAAAGGAUUUGCAGCAAAUACAGUGACCUCAAAUGCUCUUAUUCAUGGACUAUGUGAAGCAGGUAACAUGCUGGAGGCUGUAAGGCUUCUCAAAGUGAUGCUAGAAAGGGGUUUACAACUGGAUAAGAUAACUUACAAUACACUCAUCUGUGGGUGUUGCAAAGAGGGGAAAUUGGAGGAAGGUUUCAGGCUGAGAGAGGAGAUGGUUAAGCAAGGAAUAGUACCAGACACUUUUACUUACAAUUUGCUAAUUCAUGGGCUAUGUAAGAAGGGUAAGAUGGAUGAAGCUGUGAUGCUAUGGAAUGAGUGCAAAAGGAAUGGUUUGGUUCCCAAUAUCUAUACAUAUGGAGUCAUGAUAGAUGGGUUUUGUAAAGCUGAUAAAAUUGAAGACGGUAAAAAUCUCUUCAAUGAGUUGCUCAGUCAGAAAAUCGAGCCGAAUUCUGUUGUCUAUAAUACACUCAUUAGAGCCUACUCCAGAAAUGGGAACAUGACAGAGGCCUUUAGGCUUCGUGAUGACAUGCGAAACAAGGGCAUUCCAUCAACUUGUGCCACAUAUUCUUCUCUGAUUAAUGGAGUUUGCAGUAUUGGUCAAGUUGAUGACGGAAAAUUCCUCAUUGAUGAAAUGAGAAAGGAUGGCCUGUUGCCGAAUGUUGUUUGUUAUACUGCACUGAUUGGUGGUUAUUGUAAGUUAGGUCAGAUGGAUAAAGUAGGGGAUAUUCUGCGGGAAAUGUCUUCAAAUGGGAUACAGCCUAAUAAAAUUACAUAUACUGUCAUAAUUGAUGGGUAUUGCAAAUCAGGUGAUAUGAAAGAAGCUGCUAAGUUUCUUGAUGAGAUGGUAGGAAAGGGAAUCAGCCCAGAUGUUGUCACUUAUAAUACGUUGUCUAGUGGUUUUUGCAAGGAAGGGAAGGUAGAACUAGCCUUCAGAAUAUGUGAUCAUAUGUCUCACAAAGGAAUAGAUUUGGAUGAAGUUGCUUACACUACUUUAAUUCAUGGAUGUAACCCGCCAUCAGCAAAUGCAAAUGAAGAAUGA